UAACAAUUGAGCGUGAGAACUUUAUGUCUCAUAUGUAGUGGUUCUGAGUAACAGAAAAUAAGCUUCCUAAUGAUUGAGCGGGAGAAUUUCCUCUCUCACAUGUAGUGCUUCUACAUAUUACAAUAUAAGUUUGCUAACAAUUGAGCGAGGAAGUUGAACAAGAUAAUUUUGUCUCUCUAGAUAUACGAAGAUAAGAAGAUAAGUUUGCUAAGAAUUGAGCGGAAAAACUUUCUUUCUCAUAUGUAGUUCUUUUAAGCUAGGAAGCACGGAAACGCCUAUCUCCUUCAAGUUUCCGUCCCGGAAACGUUUCGAAAACGGGAAACGAAGGGAAACGCUGGGGAAACGUCGGGAAAGGCCAGGAAACGUUUCUAGGCUAUUGGGCUUUUGGGCCGGGUUGGGAAACGUUUCCGAUACGUUUUUUUAAUUCAUUAUAUGCGUUUCUUUCUGAAUCUGAAGGAUACCAUUCCUGCUGUGCCGCACUCUAUCCGCAAACGAACGUCGUCCGCAAUCCUUCUGCAAUCCUUCUGCACGACUCCCCAGUCCCGCACUCGAAAACGAAGGCUUGAAGAGUUGCGACUCCCCUGUCCCCAGUCGACUCGAACAACAAAGUCAGACAGUCUGCAUCGGACUUGAACGAUUGAAGAGUUGAAGCUGCCAGCGACGAACCCUUGUGAAAGACACAAAGGCUCUGGUGUUGCAUUGAAGGCUUGAAGAACAGGAUAUCCCUUGCCGCUUAUUUGUGAGGCGUUUUGUAGCUAGCAGAUUGAAAGAAUGACAUGCACACCUAUGAAGCCACAAAAUUGGGGAUAGAAGAUGCGAAGAGCCCAGUGAACAAAUCCAUAAGAUCAUAAUCAAUCUCUCUUCCAAGAAUGUCAACAAUAUCAUGAAAGUUUGAGGUGAUUUGGUUCCAAACCUCGGUCAGGAUCUAGGGAUAUAGUGUCUUAAAGAACAUCAUAAUUGGAGAUCAAGACUCCCACCAACAAUUAACCGGGGAUUUUGCUUCUGCAAUGGAUUAUUUGAGUACCGAAGUUUCGAAGUCCAUGGAGACUGAUCCCAUUAUUCACCUUUCUGUGCCUAAUUCUCAGGAUGCUGCGACCAAGGAUUCAUGGAAUGAUGAAGAUGACGGUUUUCCGCUGGAUAAACUAUCUUUAGCAUUAACCAUGUUGCAUAAACUUCCCGUUCCUAAAACAGAGAAAAGAACACAUGUAGUUCUCGUGUCUACUGGCAGUUUCAACCCUCCUACUUAUAUGCAUCUGCGUUGUUUUGAGCUGGCAAGAGACACAUUAAUUUCACAAGGAUUUUGUGUCAUUGGAGGUUACAUGUCACCCGUGAAUGAUGCGUAUAAGAAGAAGGGUCUUAUAUCUGCCAAGCAUCGAAUUGCAAUGUGUUGUCUGGCUUGUAAGAGCUCCGAGUUUGUAAUGGUGGAUCAGUGGGAGGCACGUCAGAAUACCUAUCAGCACACAUUGACAGUUUUGUCUAGAAUCAAGGUCUCAUUACUGAACAGUGGAUUGCUAUCAGAUUCCCUCAAGGUUAUGCUCGUAUGUGGCUCAGAUUUGCUAAAAUCUUUUAGCACUCCAGGAGUUUGGAUACCAGAGCAUGUCAGGACAAUAUGUAGAGACUUCGGAUUGGUUUGUGUUCGAAGAGAUAGUCAGGAUGUUGAUAGGAUUAUUACUGAUGAUGACAUCUUAAGUGCGUACAAGGCCAAUAUCAAAAUCGUAGAUGAGGUAGUGCCGAACGGUGUCAGUUCAACUGGAUUGAGGGAUUGCAUCUUAAAGAGGUUGUCAAUAAAAUAUUUGACUGCAGAUGAGGUGAUUGACUAUAUUGAGAAGCACAAUCUCUACCAUGUCCAAAUUUGAGUUGAUUGUUCUGGAAACUCACUCAGAUGAGGGGUCUUGCUCUAAUAUUGCAGUGUGAGCUGGAGGAAAAACAAUACUAUUUCUGUUCCAUAUUAUGGUUCCCAUUCUCUAAAUCUCCAAUUUUAUAUACCAAAUAUUUAUCAUAUUCAAAAUUGGGUUUUGCUGUCUUGUAGAGCUUUAGUGUAUUUGUAAUACAAGCAAACGUCAGAUACUAAUAAUAAAACGAAUCCUCAGACAAGUCCCAUAAUUAUGUUAAAACUAACAUGGGCGGAAGGAAUGUAAUACAAGAGUUUACGUUGGAAACACAAAUGCAAACAGAAUUAUUCAUCAUUCACUUAAGUAAAUGAGUUAUUUAUGAACAUUUCA